UAACUAAGUCGGCAGUCGUUAGCCUGCCUUCAGAAACAUACAUGCCACUUGUUUACUUAUUUGUUUUUUAAUUUACCACUCGAUUAGAUUUUAUUUUAUUUCGAAGCCGUAAAAUCUUGGGUAGGCAACCGCCAUUCGAUUUCAUUCCGACUGGGUAACAUGGGCAAGGAUUUUUACAAAGUACUCGGCAUUAGUCGCAACGCCAAAGAAGAUGAGAUCAAGAAGGCUUAUCGCAAGUUAGCCUUGAAAUACCAUCCGGAUAAAAAUAAGUGCGUCCAGGCCGAAGAACAAUUCAAGGAAGUGGCUGAGGCAUAUGAAGUGCUAUCGGACAGAAAAAAGCGUGAAGUUUACGACAAUUUCGGUGAGGAUGGACUUAAGGAGGGUAUUCCCGGCCAGCAGAGCGACCACAGUAGCCGGAAUGGCAACAGUAACACCUAUCAGUUUCAUGGUGAUCCACGGGCAACAUUUGCACAAUUUUUUGGUUUUGCCGAUCCCUUUACAAUGUUGUUCAAUGACAAUAUUGAGGACAUUUUCAUGCCGGAAAACGAGUUUAUACCAGGCCGCGGUCCGGGAGCAUCCUUUCGCCGUACAGGAUCUCGGCGCAUUAUCCAAGAUUCACCGAUUGAGCAUGAAUUGUUCGUUUCACUCGAAGACAUUGACUCCGGCUGUACGAAACGCAUGAAAAUCUCAAGAAUAUCUAUGGCCUCUGGAGUGCCGCGCAAAGAGGAAAAGGUACUCAAUAUCGUAAUUAAGCCGGGCUGGAAAUCGGGCACCAAGAUCACUUUCCAGAGAGAGGGUGACCAGAUGCCUAAUCGCAUACCCGCCGACAUAGUGUUUAUAAUACGAGAUAAACCGCAUCCAAUCUUUCGUCGCGACGGAAGCGACCUACAGUAUACGGCCCACAUCUCGCUGAAACAGGCUCUGUGCGGUGCCUCAUUUCAAGUGACCACUUUGCGUGGAGAGAAACUUACCUGUAGCACACUAGGUGAAGUUAUCCAGCCGGAUACACUAAAAAGUUUUCCUGGACGCGGAUUGCCCCACUCCAAAGAUAACUCGCGUCGUGGAGCACUGGUUUUGAAUUUCGUUAUUAAAUUUCCAAAGUCACUGCCUAAGGAAUUGGCGACUUCAUUGGCCGGAAUGCUACCCAACUAAAAUUGAGUGAUAUAUGAAAUAAGGAAAACAAGAAAAAGAAGAACCAUGCAAAUUUAUGUCUCACUUUUUCUUUGUAAGCUUAUUUGUUGUAGAUGAUUAAAUUGCCGUUUCCCUUUAA